CUUCCUAAUCCCAAUCCGCGCGACCCAGGAAGCAGCUUUCCAGACACAGAGUGACCAUGCAGCCCCGAGUUUUCCUUGUUGCUGUGUUCCUGACCCUACUGGUCUAUGCUAAUGCCCAGGAGACAGAGGAAACACUCUUGAACCGGGUCCAAGACUACAUGCAGCAGGCAGCCCGACAAGCCCAGCAAGCUUUGAACAAUGUGCAGGAAUCUCAGGUGGCCAAGCAGGCCAAGGACUGGGUGACUGAUGGCAUCUCUUCCCUGCAUGAUUACUGGAGUACUUGGACAGGCAAAUUCUCUGGCCUAUGGGAAAAGGCUGAGGAGCCAGUGGCAGACGGUCCUCCAAAAGUCACACCUUGAAGACUCAUCUCCAUCAUUUUGAGUGUCCAUCUGUCCCUCUCCCUGCCUCCCUGGAUUCUCCUGUCGCCAGGGCUUCCUGGACUCUUCUAUGAUGUGUCAGGAAAGCAUAUGUCCCCAAGUCAAGCACUGCCCUUGAAAUAAAGCUGGAUAAGAAA